GCGAGCCGGUCAAAUGUCACGUGAUCCUUGCUGCGCGUUACUUUGGUGACGGGCAUGGAGGUCAUGUGACCCCUUUAGGUUAUUAUGAAUGGUACGGGCCGAGUGCAGUGUUGGUCAUUCUCCUUUAUGCAACGUGGGAAUCAGGUGCAGCAAACUUAGAAUGGAUCCUUUAGAAAACAUUUCAGAAAAUGGAAAUUGGUUUGAAGAUGAUGAAGAAGAAAAAUAUGAAAUAUAUGUGGGGAAUCUCCCCAACACCCUGAGAGAGGAGCAGCUCAGAAACCUGUUUGAAGAAUACCAGCCAAAAGGAUUUAGAGUGUUCCGACAAGAAUACAAAUGCUUUGCCUUCAUAUCAUUUGAGGACGCUGUUACAAUGCAUCAUGCUCUGCGGCAGCUGAAUAACUGCUCAUUGGAGGGCCGCUGCUUAGUUGUCCAGAAAGCGCAUAAAACAUCCGGAUCAAGCUGUUCUUCGCUGCAGGAUUUUGAGCUGCCUAUUGGCACUGGGGAAGUAGAAGAUCACCAAGGCCAAAAUUGCAGAGAAGGAAAAGAAAUUGUUGACAACAAUUUAAAUGAAGAAGAGGGAUAUUCUUAUGAAGGGAGUACUUGCAAUAAGGCACAGGAGAUGCCAAAAGCCCAUACAGAAGAAUUCAAGGGUGCAACAGGAGAAGACAAUAAAACAGACUUUACAGCAGCUUCUAAGGAGAAUGUUAAUCACAUAAAUAAAGAGACGAGUGAUAGGCAAGUUUUCCCAAGAAACUGCAACUGCUGCGGGUGGGAAGAUGUGCCAGUGCAGUGCUGUUCUCCUGAUGACCUGAAUUGCUGGGACAUGGCUCAAGACAUCUCCUACGUAGAUUUUAAGAAGAUUCGAUACUGCAUUUUAAAGCUGGAGAAGAAAAAGUUGGAGUUAGAGAUAUUAAAGUUGCGCCUAGAAAUCCAGAAGCUGAAUAAAUGUGGCUUUGUGAAUGAAGAAUGAGACACAUCCUUCUCUACUUGGUUUGGUUUUACUCUUCCUUUGCGUACGUGUAGAUUUUUAUGUAUAUGUUAAUGUUUCACUUGCAGCUUGUGCGUCUCCGCUACAGGAGCAAUGCAGAAAGCAGAUCUGCUGUUUUUUUAGUUGGGAUCUAAGGGUGAGGCCACAUGGCAAGACUUUAUGUAGUGAGACGUCGCUGUAAGAAAUUACUCCUUUCAACUAGACAGGGCACCCCUGUAUGUUAACCCCAGCCUGUGGCAGGCACAGAUUGGAACAGAGAACUAAGGGAAAUAUUUUCCAAGAGAAAUGUUUAGUUAAAAAUAUUUUUUAUCUCAAAACAGGGCAGGCAAUUGUUGAGCUCUUCAGAUGUUUCAGAACUACAACUUCCACCAACUCCUCCAUAAGAUCAUCUAUUGGGAGUUGUAGUUUAUCAGUAGAUAACAAGGAACAAGGUAUCCAUUGUGUCUGUUACAGAGCAGCAUAGCUUUGCUUUUUAUCUAGAGAUAAUACUAUUGCCACUAUGUAAUACAAUUAGUUCUGCUAAGAUGUUUCUAUUAAUAUUGUACACAAGAGUCAGACAUAUAAUGAGAAGCCCUCAAUAAAAAUGGAAUUAUUUUUUCUUUUAAAAGUA